AUGGCAACGAUCAGUAGCACCAUGGUCUUGGUCGCCGCCAUACCAUCGCCGGCUCUAGGGCUACCUCAGCUGAGAGUGGCCAGGGCCGAGAGGCUGAGGUGCAGGUUCAGCAAGAGGGUGUCUUCGGCUCUGGCUCCGGUGGUGACCAAGGGCGUGCCGCUGCUCGCCGUGGCGAGCACCACGGCGGCAUCAGCGGCCCCGAUGCUGGCCUCGGCGCUGGCGCUGGUGGACGAGCGGAUGUCAAGUGAGGCCACCGGGCUGAGCAACGACCUGCUGGGGUGGGUCCUGCUGGCUGCCAUCGGCCUUGUCUUGUGCUUCUACACCGUCUACUCCUCCACCUUUGACGACGACGACCAGUCCGGCGGCGGCGGCAUCGCGCUCUGA